CGCCUCGGUGGCGGCGGAGAAGAAGGAGGAGGCCUAGCCGAGCAGACGCCCAGAAGGAGCCUCCUCCGCCGUUUUCGUUCCCCUCGGAAAUCCUCCGCCAUCCGCCGCCAUCCCGGCCCCCGAGGCCUUCGGGAGCGCCUCCGCCGGACACCCCAGGCUCCCCGCAACCCUCACAGGCAGAUCGGGAAGCGGCGCAGAGAAUUUCCUUACUCGAUGACAUUUCAUCGCAAUGUCCGAUCGUUUGGGGCAAAUAACCAAGGGAAAGGAUGGGAAAAGCAAGUACUCCACGCUCAGCCUGUUUGAUAAGUAUAAAGGAAAGUCAGUAGAAGCCAUCAGAACCACAGUUAUUCCUAGGCAUGGCUUGCAGAGUCUUGGGAAAGUUGCCGCUGCCCGGCGCAUGCCGCCUCCUGCCAACUUGCCCAGUUUGAAGUCGGAGAACAAAGGCAACGACCCCAACAUCAUCAUCGUACCCAAAGACGGGACAGGAUGGGCAAACAAGCAGGAGCCCCCCGACCAAAAGAGUUCCGGUGCCACGGCCACACAGCCGCCGGAGUCGCUGCAGCCGCCGGAUUUGCAGAAAUCUGUCUCCAGUUUACAGAAGCUGACACAGUCCAUCAGCCAGGAGAGCCCAAAUUUAGCGCCAGGAGGACCAAAGUCAUGGGCACAGCUGAAUGGAAGGCCAGCCGGACACGAAGGUGGUUCAAGGGCCUCAAGCCGACUGUUAUCCUUCUCUCCCGAGGAAUUUCCGACGCUGAAGGCAGCCGGCGAGCAGGACAAGGCUGGCAGAGAAAAGGGCGCCUUAGAUCCGUCGUAUGGGCCCGGACCAAGCCUCCGCCCCCAGAACGUGACGAGUUGGAGGGAGGGCGGCGGCAGGAACAUCCCCUCCGCCCCGCCGCUGGGCUCCUCCCCGACUGAGAUGGGCGGCGGAAGCGGAAGCGUCAGCAAGGCUUUGGCGGCCGCAGAAGGGCCCCCCUCGGACCCCAAGGAGCCCCCCCUCCGCCCCCCCACGCAGCCCCCCGCCCUCCUCCGCAAGGGGCCCGCCCCCCCCUUCGGGGCCGGACUCUACCAGCCCCCCACCUACCACGACAUGCUGCCUGCUUUUAUGUGUUCAAAGCAACCCGAGGCCCCGGUUCCGCUGCUGCAGCGCGGCUCCUCCUCUUCCUCCUGCUUCCCGAUGCCCCAGUUCCGCCUGGAGCCCCGCAUCCCCUUCCGACAAUACCAACCCAGCGACCAAGAGGGGAAAGACCCCCGGCUUGGGACCCCCCGCCCGACCCGCCCAGCCCGCCCGCAGGGGGAGCGCGCCCCCCGGCCCACCAUCAUCAACGCAGAGAACCUGAAAGGGCUCGAUGAACUCGACAACGACGCCGACGACAGCUGGGCAGGCAUCCAUGAUGAAGUGGAUUACUCCGAGAAACUGAAGUUCAGCGAAGACGAGGAGGAGGAGGAAACCCUCAAGGACGGGAGGCCGAAAUGGAACAGCUGGGACCCCCACCGGCAGCGGCAGCUGUCCCUGAGUUCGGCGGAGAGCGCGGAGGCCCGGCCCCCGGCCCCGGAGGAGGCCAAGGCCUGGAGCGAGGCGGCCGGGCUCUCGCGACCCCUCCGCAAGGCCCCCGACGUUGCCCCCGCCCCCCCCCGGAAGGUCAACGGCUGGGGCCCCCUCUCCGACUUGCAGAAGCUUCCCCCGGGGCCUUGCCUCCGCCGCUCGUCGUCGUCUUUGGAGGAGAAGGAGGAGAAUAAGCCUCAGCCGCCCCCGCCGUUGCCUCCACUCGCCUUGCGGCAGAAGUUCCUCCAGUCGGAGAUGUCGGAGGCGGUGGAGCGGGCCCGCAAGCGGCGCGAGGAGGAGGAGCGGCGGGCCCGCGAGGAGCGCCUGGCCGCCUGCGCCGCCAAGCUCAAGGAGCUGGACCAGAAAUGCAAGAAGGCCCAGAAGGCGGCCCCCGAGGGGACCAAGGCCCCCGAGCAACAGCAGGAGGACCGGGGGCCCCGUCCCGAGAAGAACCCCCCCACCGCCACCGAGGGACACCGCCACACCACCCGCAGAGGGAACCCGGAGUUGCACACCCAGGAGUCCUCUUCCAGUUACGGGGAAGAAGAGGCCCCGGCUGCUGGGGCGUUGGCACAUCGGAGCAGCAGCAGCGAGGAGGAGACCGGGGAGGCCGCCUCGCCCGGGCAGGAUUUCAGCAAGUUCUCCAAGCUGCUUCCCCCUCGCUUCCAGCGGCAACAGCAGCAGCAGCAGCAGCAGGACCAGCUGUACAAGAUGCAGGGCUGGCCGCCGUCCUCCUCGCCCUCACAGGUCUACCCGGCAGCCCCCUCGUCGUCGUCCUCCUCCUCUUCCGCCUCCUCUUCCUCCGCCUCCUCGCACCCUUCGCAGCCGCGGUCCUUCUUCCCCCCGCCGCCCCCGCAGAUGCUGGGCUUUGACCCCCGCUGGAUGAUGAUGCCCUCCUACAUGGACCCCCGCAUGAGCCAGGCCCGCCCCGCCGUGGAUUUCUACCCCUCCGCACUCCAUCACCCAACAGGGAUUCUGAAGCAGGACUCCAUGAGCGGCAGCCUUGGCUCGGAGAGACCGGAGGGGCAGGCGGAGAGGAAGGACCCGGCAGCUCCGGCGUGGGGCCCAGAGAACUACGUCUCCCUCCAGAGCAAAGGGGGGCCUCUCCCGCGCCCCAAGCAGGCCGAGGGCACGCUGCAUCCCAGGAACGACAACUUCCGGGCCCAGAGGGACCUUUUUGAGGAUCCAGAGGACUAUUUGCACGCCUUUGACAGAAAGGCCGGUUUUGAGAGCUGUGUCGCUUCUGCCUCCCGGCACUUGAGCCAGGACCGUGGCUUCUCGUCGCAAGAACGCAACCCGAUGGAGCCUGGGAAGAAACCGGAGUGUAACGGCUGGGACGCCGGUCCGUACGCGAAGGCCUCCGAAGCGGCCGGGUCAUCGUCGAAGGAGGAAGAGGACGAGGAGGCAAAACCUGCAGAGAAACCGCCUGCUGCUGCCGAAACCAGGUGGGCCCCCGAAACGACAGGAAGGGCCCGCCGAUCCGGCCCCAUCAAGAAGCCGGUGCUGAAGGCGCUCAAAGUGGAGGAGAAGGAGAAAGAGCUGGAGAAGGUGAAGUCGGCAGAAGUAGAAGAAGCCAAGGAAAAGGCGCCGCCGGUCCCGAAAGUGGACGACAACCGAGAUCGAGACCCUGCCGCUUUGCCUCCGGUUCCCAACUAUCGCUUGGAGGAGAAAGGCCCUUCCCGGGAAGAGGAGGAAGAGGAGGAAGACGAGGAGGAGAAGAGCGAGAGGAAUCCGUCCCGGGAGCCUGGGGAUUUGCCCCCCACGAAGAGGAGCAACUGGAUCUUCAUUGACGAGGAGCAGGCCUUUGGCGGGAGGGGCCGAGGCCGAGGCCGCGGCUUCAGGGAGUUUGCCUUCAGAGGGGGGCGGGGCAGCGCGGCCGCGAAUGUCGGCGUCAACCGGGCCGCUCCCGCCCUCCCCAGCGCCCCGAGGAGCGGCCGGGCCCGGCCUUUGAAGGAGAUCAACCCCUUGGUGGGGGCGGAGGAGGAGUUCCCGCGAGGGAAGCCACGUCGCCGCAUCGCCAGCGAGACCCACAGCGAGGGCUCUGAGUACGAGGAGCUGCCCAAGCGGCGCCGGCAGCGGGGCACCGAGAACGGGGCCGAGGCGGAAGAGGGCGCGGCCGGGCUCAAGAAGGGGGACGCCCACGACUCCUGGCGCUCCAACAAGAUCUAUCCGGACGACGGAGACCCCAAAGCGAGGGUCCCGCAGCGGGCGUUUGGCCGGUCGCUGCCCCCGCGGUUGAGCAACUCCGGCUACGGCCGGCGGGGCUUUGUGGCCAAAGAGGGCCGAGGGUGGCAGGAGUAUGGCCACGGCAACGGCAUGCCCUCGGACGGCUUUGGGGCCUGGAGGGGCCACGCGGAGAGGGACUACUAUGGCCAGCGCUCCUUUGGGGAGGAGGACCCCCUCGAAAAGCGGCACUACUUCCCGGAGGAUUACGGCGGGGACCCCGAGAACGGGGAGAACCGCCCCUUCCGCCGGAGGAGGCCCCCCCGCCAGGACAAGCCCCCCCGCUUCCGGCGCCUGAGGCAGGAGCGCGAGUCCGUGGGGCAGUGGAGCCCCGAAGAAGGCGGCAACGUCGGGGGCGGGCAGUGGUCUGCCCGAGGGACAGCAGCCGAUCGGAGCGGCCCCCCCGCCCAGCGCUCCCCGGAGCUCUCGGGACAGAACUCCUCCGACCACGCCAACGAGGAGUGGGAGACGGCCUCCGAGAGCAGCGACUUCAGCGAGCGGAGGGACCGGCGCAACGGGGGCCCCUCGGAGGGCGAGGCCAUGCUGGACGGGGGGCUCCCGGAGAAGAGGGAGCUGGCCAAGCGGAGCUUCUCCAGCCAGAGGCCUUUGGCCGAUCGGCAGAGCCGGAAGGCGGACCCGGCCGGGUUCGGGGAGAAAGCGGUCCGAGGCAGCGCGGGCGGAGGGGCCCCUCGGUACGAGGCUCAGCAGAACGGAGCCCUCCAAGCGAGGGGACGGAGAUCUCCCGAGGAAGGCCUGGAGGCCGGUGGCUCUGGGAGCAGCCAUUCCCUCUACAGCUCUCACGCCGACGGAGCGGGAAAGAAGCCGGAGCCGGAGAAAGGGGAGGCCGCCUCCUCGCCCUUUGAGCUCGGCUACGGAAGCGGCCUGAUGGACAGCCGCCUCUCGGGCCCUGCGGAGGAGGAGGAGGAGGCGGCGGCGGCGGAGGCCGAGAUGGGGCUCCCCGUGGCCGGCGAGGGCUUCAUCGAGGUCCUGACCAAGAAGCAGCGGCGCUUGCUGGAGGAGGAGCGGCGCAAGAAGGAGCAGGCCGCACAGCCCCCGCCCAAAGGCCGCGCCCUCCAGUCCCGCAUCCCGCCGCGUUUUGCCAAGAAGCAGGGCGGCCUGUGCCUCGAACAGGGAGAGAUGCCCGUCGCCGGAAGCAGCCUCGGGACCGAGAUCUGGGAGACCAACGGCCCCGCCCUUUCAGUUCCGUCGUCUGCGACCGAUUCUUGGAGCAAACCCACCGGCACCUUCAACAGCACCGAAUCCAACCCCAACGAGCAUCAGCAGCAGCAGCCGCAAGGCUUCAAGGGCAGCCAAGGCGACAGCGGCAUCGACCUGAGCGCCGAGUCCCGGGAGUCCUCGGCCACCUCGUCCCAGCGCAGCUCCCCUUACGGCGCCCUCAAGCCCGAGGACGGGGCCGGGCCGGGCCUGGCCGAGCCCAAGACCCCCGAUGGGCACAAGGAAGGCGGGUCCAAGCCGGCCGAGAAGAAGGAUCCGGAUCCGGGCCUGGGCCAGAGCAAGGACCACAAGCCGGGCCCGAUCGGCAACGAACGCUCCCUGAAGAACCGGAAGGGCUCCGAAGGGGCCGAGCGCCUGGAAGGAGGGGGCAGCCUGCCCUCCGGGAACGGGGUGGAGAUCCACGUGGACCCCGUCCUCCCCGUGCCCCCCAUUGAGUUCGGGGUCAGCCCCAAAGCCAGUUUGGCCCAGUCCCUCCCAGUCCUCCGCCGGGAGCACCACCUCCAGCGCUGCAUCGGCUUGAACCCCAUGUCUUUCCCGACGGCGGACCUCACCCUCAAGAUGGAGUCUGCCCGCAAGGCCUGGGAGAACUCCCCCGGUUUGCCAGAGCAGAGCUCCCCCGUGGGCAGCAGCGUCAACGGCGGCGUCAAUGGCGGCGGCUCUGGCCUGCAGCCCCCCUCGGGCGUGGGGGGGCCCUCCAACGGGGGGGUCAGUUACAGCUCCUUCGGGGGGGUCUCCAUGCCCGCCAUGCCCCCCGUGGCCUCCGUGGCCCCCUCCGCCUCCAUGCCAGGAAGCCACAUCCCCCCGUUGUACCUGGACGGCCACGUCUUUGCCAGCCAGCCCCGCCUCCUGCCCCAGGCCAUCCCGCAGCAGCAGAGCUACCAACAGGCCGCCCAGCAGAUCCCGCUCUCGCUCCACACGUCGCUCCAGGCGCAGGCCCAGCUGGGCCUCCGGGGGGGCCUCCCCGUCUCCCAGUCCCAGGAAAUCUACAGCUCCAUCCAGCCCUUCAGGUCGCAGGUGUACAUGCACCCGAGCCUGUCUCAGGCCAGCGCGGUGGUGCUGAAGCCCCCCUACUCGGCCUUCCCCGGGAUGCAGCCCCUGGAGAUGGUCAAGAGCCCCUCGGGGUCCCCCUACCAGCCGGUCAGCGGGAGCCAGGCCCUGCUCUACGACGGGGGGGCCCUCGGACAGGCCUCCCCCAUGAUGGACUCCCCACUCACACAGUUGACGCUGCCGAUGCCGGGCUCCCAGCUGCCGAUGCCCCGCUACGGCUCCGGCCAGCAGCCGCUGCUCCUGCCGCAGUCCAUCCAGCUCCCGCAGGGACAGGGCCUCUCGGUCGGGGCGCCCCGCAGGAUCCUCUCCCCCGGGUCCCAGCCCUCCAUCCUGGCCGGCGGCCGGGAGUCUUCUCACAUGGAAAUGAAGGGGUUCCACUUUGCCGACGCCAAGCAGAACAUCCCCUCCGGCGGAUCGAUGCCUCAUGUCUACAGACCCGGCUCUGCCAGCCCCAGCGGGAAGCCCAGCCCCGGACCAGCCGUUGGCAUGAACUCUGUCCAGGGCCAUUACAUCCAGCAGGCCAAGCAGCGGCUGGACGAGGGGGGCAAGGGGGUUAUGGGCCCAGUGAAGCCGCUGCCGGAGCCUCCUCCCUCGGGCCCCAUGAAGCCGCCCCCCCGGACCGGGGCCAUCAAGCCGCAGGCCGUCAAAGUGGAGGAGGGCAAGGCCUGAGACCCCGAUCCCGCCACCGCCGCCGCCACCUUUGCCCCCUUUGAAAGCGAGAGAACGAGAGGAAGGAAGGAAGGAAGGAAGGAAGAGGGCCGAGAGAGAGACGAACAAAACAAAGAAACAAACAAGGCAGACCCCACCUCCCCGACCAACGUCUCCACGUGCAAAAUCGGCAAAAACGAACGAGUUUUGGGAAAGCCGGACAAGACGCAGCCGCCCCUUUUGUGGGUUUCCAUCGCCGGACUCAUAACCAACCCCUCUCCCUUCGUUACGGAACCAAGUCCACGUUUCCUUUCUCGGACAGACCCUCCUCUUCCAUGGAUGUGCGUGUGUGUAAAACGUGUGUGUGUGUGUGUUAGUAUGCGACGCGGGGGCUCCUUGCUCUCCCUCCCACCCAGAUAGAAGCAGGGAUUGCAUUUUUGCAGGAGUCCGAUAUGUACAAAAAUCCGACGUCCGAGUCGCUCAAAAGCGGCCCGUCUCCAAAAAUCAUGUCGUUUUUCUUCUUUUGAUUUCCAUCUCGGUCAACGAAUGGCUCCUCCCUUGGAAUCCAUGCCAACAGUAUGGAGGGUUUUGUUUAUAUUUUUGGUAUUAUUAUUAUUAUUACUAUUAUUAUUAUUAUUAUUUUGUAAUAUUUCUGGGUCCGAGCCUUGCAUGGUCUGUUACAGAAGUCCUGAGUUAAGAUGUAUAUUUAAGGGUCGAUCCGUUGCAUCCUUUCCCCAAGUUUCCCGUCUAUUUCCAUUCAUUUCGGAUCUCUUUACGUCCAUGUUUAGAUGCUACACUUCUUUGUAUUGACUCUCAGUCUUAUUAGACGUUUAAUUUUCCAAACUUGGGAGGAGUUUGCCUUUAAAUCGCCCCUCAAAAAAGGACAAUUUGGUCUAACAAUCCCAUUCAAACCAGUGAGGCCAGAAGCCGAAAACUCCGUUUUCCUUUGUAAAUAAUACUCUGUAAACAAGAAGCAUUUGAAGUCUUUGAUUUGCUGUUCGGUUUUAAUUGUUGUCUUCUUCCUCCUCUGCUUAUUUUUUUAUUUCUAAAGGCUUCUCCAUCCGGAUAAAGCAACAACAACAGCUCUUUUUCAGGCUUUUUUUUUUAAGUUGCAGCCAAGUUUCCUCUAUGUCUGUAUGUCUGUUGUGUCCCCUCCCUUUGUAGAAAAACCUUCAAGUAGAUGGUUGUUUUUAAAUAAAAUAAAAUGCUAACUUUAGGGGAAAA